AAAUGAAAAUUAAAUUAGGUUGCAGUGAUUGAAAUUCAAUCAGUUGGAAAAGUGAAACAGAUGAAACGCUCGAGAAAGCUCUUCGACAUUCAGUUUCCGCCAGCAUGUCGACGCAGAAGAACGUUGUGUCCGUGGAACGACUGGAUCAGGAUUUUCAAGACUUGGUUGAUUCUAUUGGGAAGUUAGAUUUGACCGAAUGUGAAAUAUAUGAAAUUCUGGCGCCUUUGCGUUGGCAUCUAUUUCGAAUUAAGUGGAUGCAGAGAGUAAGACUGGGUAUACUUACUGUAAUUUUUUGGUUGGCAGUUUAUUAUGUUCCAUUGCUAAACUGGAACGUUUCUGCUAUCGGGAGGCUGGUUAUGGUUCAGGUACUACCGUACUGGGAUUGGACUCAGCUUUACAAGAGUCGAUGCUUGGUGAACACAUUCAAUGAACGGAUAGAUAAAGUGUCUUACUAUAGGGACAUGCCUCUGUUUGAAUUUUGUGGUGUUUGUGAAAAUAUUGAAAUCAUCUCCAAACGAGACCGAAUUUCGUACGAUGAACUAAAUGAACACUAUCUACUCAGAAGCCUACCAGUGGUGAUUUCAGAUUCUCAUCGCAAAUGGUCGAAUGAUUUGCAAGAUUUCCUCCAAUCGCUAGAACCAUUGUUGCUUUCUCGACCUUGCAAUCUACAAACAAAUUUGUUGUUCAGUCCCUCAAUCUCUACGAAAGUCGAGCACAAAUACCUAAAUAUGCUGGACAUUAUUUCAAAGUCACAUCAUAAUGACUCAUGGUUUUUACAUUUCCGAAACUGCGAGCUGAGCUCAGUCAAGAAAACCAGGCUUCUCGUCGGAAGGCCCUACUUUUAUGCAUCACACCUCGAAAUGCCAUAUACCACCUGGUUUCUGAUGUCUAAUAGUUAUAGCGUUCAAUCGCCGAAAGUGCUGAACUUGAAAGGGUUGAUCAUAGUUACUCAGCUGAAGGAGAUGCUGAGAAUCACAUUGAGCGCUAAGGGAGAAUGUGACCGCGUGUGCAGGGAGCUCCAUGUAGAGUUACUGGAAGGACAAUCACUAGUGUUUUCUACAAAUUUGUGGUCUCUUGAGUACUUGCCAGAGUCUUACAAUAGAACAUCUAUUUCUUUCGUUUCCGAAACUUUUGAAAGUUAAAUGUUAUUGUUGGAAUGAAUGUGAUGUCAUUGUCUGUUCUGUUUUUUAGAGAAAUAAAUAUUGUAAAAGCAGUAGUGCUCUAUGAAGUAGAUAUGUUCGAUAGUAAACGUUGG